CCAGAAUGGAGAGUCAGAGCGAAGACAGGAAACAGGAACCCGCGAAUGGGAAGACUCCCUUAACAGCAAGACAGGUGGUUUGUUUGGCUGCGGUUAGCGGCACGAACUUCCUAAACGGCAUGAUGUCCGGGUGGACUGCAGUCCUGCCAAAGCUCCAGGAGGACACCAGGUUCACGGUGACUGAGGACGAUGUAUCUUGGCUUGUAUCCCUGACGUUCAUUAUGGGCUUCGUGAUCUCCCCUCUGGCAGGCUCCGUAGCGGAACACAUAGGACCGCGGCGUCUGCUAGUCAUUACGAUGUUCCCUGUGGCUGGGUUCUGGCUCCUGCAGGCAUUCAGUCCUUACCUGUGGCUCCUGUACCUCGGCAGAGCCCUCCUGGCGUCAACUGCUGCGGUGAUGUACACAGUGGUGCAGCCCUUGGUAGCGGAGCUGUGCCCCCCAAGGAUCAGAGGUCUGGCUUCGGUCUUGCCAGAGCUGUUUAGCUGCGUUGGACUGCUGGCAUCCUACCUGCUGGCUUCUCUGCUGUCCUGGGACAUGGCUACUGCUGUUGCCGCUGCUCCCUUCUUGCCCCUAUCACUGAUGAUACUGCUUGUACCAGAGUCUCCUUAUUGGCUAGUGAGAAAGAAAAAAAUCGAUGCAGCUGAGAGAUCUUUGAGACUUCUUUUAGGUCGUGACGGCAAUGUCGCUGAAGACCUGCAGGCAAUAAGGAGCACAACGACCCUCAAGCAGAGCGAAGUCAAGGACCAGGCGAGGGAGCUUCGCAAGGCCCACAACGCCAUCCCAGUGGUGUUAAUGCUAAGUGUGUUCGUCCUGAGAGAACUCGGAGGCAAAGGACCGGUGUUCAACUAUACAGUGUAUGUGUUCCGUCGAGCAGGAGCACAGUUUGAUGCUUUCUACUGCACAGUGUUCGUCGGUGUUGCUCGCCUGGCUAGCACUUGUGUGUCUGCUUGCACUCUGGACCUGGUGGGUCGCAAGCCCCUCCUUGUGGCAACAUCAGUCAUCUGCGCAGUGUCGGAGGGCGUCGCCGGAGCCUUCCUCUUCCUAGAAGUGGAAGGGGCCCCAUGGGUCCCCCUGGCGUCCGUGAUAGUGUUCGUGAUUAGUUAUGGUAUAGGUCUGGGACCCAUUCCGUGGGUCUAUCUCGGCGAGCUUCUACCUACACCUGUCAGGUCUAUUGGAGCUUCGAUGAUCACUUUUGGUUAUUCAUUAACUUACUUUGCCAUAAACUUCGUGUUUUUGAAAGUGAUAUCAUCCCUUGGUCUCGGACUGACACUGCUUGUAUUCGGAACGUCAAACUUGGUCAUCGGCUUACUGGUCCUGUUUUUCGUACCCGAGACCAAGGGCCGGACUCUGCAAGACAUGGAAACGGCAUUCCAGUCUAAAAAAGUCGUGCACGUGCAAAGUAGCCCAUUGGAUCAGGACAGAGCAUGGUCAGAAUCAGGCCUUCCGAGCAAGUCAAGAACCAAAAGGGACACUCCCACCCCCUUGGGUCGCCAAAACGAAGCAGCCGAUGCAUCUAGUAGCACAGGAAGAAGGGAAGAAGACGAAGGCAAAUCCGAGGAUUCCCAAACCUCUCAAGUUAAAGCAUGAGUGAGAGUAACGUUUAUUUAUUUUUUUUUUAUCUUUUUCCUUUGUUUUCUAAGCUAGCCGAAAACUAUUUUGAGAACGAUUGCGUAAGGAUUCAGAGACCAUCACAAUCCAAGAUUUCAAGGCACAAGAAGUGCGAUUGUGAUGACAAUUUGAAAUGUGCAAUAUUGUAUUUUUCGUAAAUGAAAAAUUGAAGCAAUGUGGAGUGAAAAGGGAAUGUUUUAUGCAUAUUCAUACAUUUAUAUAUCUGUUUGUAUAUAACAAUCCUCCCUGACCAGGCCUUGAACCUAGGUCACUCCAGGUAUGAGACUGGAGGGCCAUUACUAAACUAACCAUGCACGCAACCCACAAAAGCAGUGUCAAACUAGGAUCUAACCAGCUCCAUAGACAUUACAUAUCUACUCAUA